UAUACAUUACUAAUUAGUAAUCAUUUUUAAAUGAUGUUCAAUAAUAAUUUUUAAUUAUUUUGUGAAUUAGUUUAAAAAGAAAGAUUUAAAUACUUACUAGACUAUUGCACUUGGCUAUAUAAUUAUCUACAUUUUCUUAUUAUAUGUAUAUGUAUAGGUAUAUAGGAAUUUAUAAUAUAAUUAAAUAAUUAGGUCACAUCAUACCUACUAUCACAUGCGCCAUAUAACACUGUCACUUGAGAUGACAUAAAUGUGUACGCCAUUUAGUGCGAAACGAUGCAAUUAAAAUACCAGAUCCUGAUCAUAUAGGUACCUACAGCAAGUCGGCGAAAUAAAAUAGUUAUGGGCAUCAGUCCUUAACAGUGAGAACUUAGUGACAUAUUAUACAAAUAUCAUUAGUACAUAUGAAUUAAAGUUAACAAUGAAUACUUUACUGAUAGGAUUAAGCUUUUCGCUCAUAUGUUAUUUAAACGGGCUUGACGACAAAAAAACAUAUUGGGGCACAGGAACUAUGGAUUUAGAAGCAUUGCCAUUAGAAAAACUUUUGAAAAUGAAAAAAGAACUUCGGAUAAAAGAUGAACGUUCGGAACGACGGGCAGACGAGGAGGCGGCGUCGUCUAUGUUCCCGAUGGAAAAGGACGUCCCGAACGCCAUGGCCUUACGGAGAACCACAGACGUUCUGCACUCGUCGGCGGCCGGCAGUUCGAUGCAAACAGCCUUUCAGAUGUCCCUUACCGUCCUGUCGUUUUUAGCGUUCGGCGGCUACGUGAUCAGCCUGGUUGCGCAGAACAUGCGCAGACCUGCACAGUCGCACGACGGCGUCACAGCGUCGCACCCGCUCAAAGCCGUGGUGGUCAACCGAAACAAACGGCCGGGUCUGUUACUCAGACCGUCCGGUCCCACGACCACGGUCAGCUUUGGCCGGCGCAAACGGAGCCGAAGGUUCCCGCGAACCACGGCGACAUGUUUUUAGUAACGGUUUUUUCUAUAUUGUGCAUUUUUAAUUUAAAAAAAAUAGUAACAACGACUGACUUAAACGUAAUAUUAUUAUUUUAAAUACCGCGCGUAUAAUCGUAAUAUUAUAUAAACUAUAUCAAUUCAAUAUUAAAUUAUUUAAAACCUACUGAAUUUUACGAAUACCUACCUCGUAAAGACCGUAAAGUCGUAACAUAAAUAACAUGUUAUCAUUUUCUGUUUAAUUUUGUAUUUUUUUGAAAUGUUGAUUUGAAUUUGUAUAAAGAAUUUAAAUUCCAAGUUUUAAUAUUAAUAAAAAUGAAUUGAUUUAUAUACAUA